UACCUGUGUGAAUGGACGAAUUCGGCAGUGGAAGUUAUUAGCAGGUUGAAAGGCGAGAUUUGGAAGGAUUUAUUAUACGCUGCGUGAGGGGACAUGCAGAAAUGGCUACAACGACGAACACAUAAAUAACUACAGAUAUUUUACGUGUUUUAUUUACUCACAGCUUUGUGGAUAUCUGUGUAGUUUCUGUGGCUUGCUGCCAGCUCAACAGAUUUAGCAGGCUAGUCGGUCAGCUAGCUUGCUCCAUAAAACACAAUGAUCAGUCAGCGAGCUGCUAGCUGCCGAGCUAGCUAGCCAAGGAAAUAACUGCAGCCACCCGAGCUCAUGAACUGGAUAGGGGGAUUUUCGAGAAGCGGUAAAACGGCGGAAUAAUUUGACCAUUUAUUUUGUUUUUUUAUUUUGUUCCGACCUUGCUAGAUACGAUUGUGUUUUAAUAUCUCUGGGCUGUCGAGCUGUAUUCAUGUAUUCCGUUUACGGCAAAGUGGCCUCGCUAACAUAACCGAGUAUACUGUACGCUACUGCUUGCUUACUCGCCGACUACUUAGCAAGCUAGUUUGCGAAAUUGUGGUUUUCGAGUCUAGACCUGGGUGUUAUUCAUUCACUUACGUUGGUUAAUGAAGAGCUGGCAAGGCGUCUAAAGAAAUAAUUAAGCGUUUUACGAAACUGAACUAAUCAUUUUCCCAGUUUCUCUGGCGAGAGUGCUGCAUAGCCAGUGAAUUUCAAGAGAUUUAGCUAAUAGUGGCAUUACUGAAAAGAGCCGUUCUGAAAGAAUUAGCUAGCUAGCUAGAUUAGGGACUUGCUAACAAUAUUCCAAACAUUUUUCUUUGCUAAACAAGCAGCCGAGUUGUGAUUUGAUUGUUCUGGUGCUUUGCCGUUUGGCUGUUUUGGUUGUUUGUUGUGUCAACUUGCCUGCUGUCGCUAAUCAGAUAAGUUAGCUAGCUAACGCUAACUAACUUCCAACUGCCGUUAAAAGCUAGCGUAACGUUAGGUAACCUAGCUUGCUUCCUUUCUGGCACACUAUGCGAGCAAACUUAGUUGCUGCUUAGAGUCAGAGGUUCUGAAGCAUAAAUUGUAUAGAUUGUAUGUACACUCAGCAAACAAAUAAAAAUAUUCAGUUGAUAGGUUAGACACUUAACGUUAAUUAGCUAAGCUUUUAAUGUAAAUUGUUAGCUACUUUAACUGGAAUUGUUAGGCCAUCUCAAUUCUGUAACUUAUCUUGCUAGCUGGCUAACUUUGGGUCAACCGAUAUACAGUAUUGGUUUGUUAUGGUAUUUGGCCAGCGUAAUGAAUGAUUAACGCACUCUGAAUGACCAUCAAAAAGUGAUAUUGUCCUGAGUAUUAGCUAGCCUUGACAAUGAGUUAGCCGAGGUAAGGUGAUGACAAAGUGGCUAACAUUAUUUCCGCCUAGACCAGGUGUCUUUAAAGCUCCUUCAGUCAGAUUAAAAUAAAAAGGCAACUUGGCUUAACCACUUAGAUCUCUAUCAAAACGGUCCAUUUAGCAUCUCUAGGUAUUCCGCGUUACAUAUCUUUACAAAUGGAGCAGGUUUCCAGCUUUAUUCUGAAACCUGGCAGAUGCUGGUGUGUAACAUCUCAGGAGUCUGAAGCUGUAUACCAUAUUUGUAGCUAGAACACAGCAAUAGUCGUAGCGAAUGGUGAAACCUUUAUACGUUGUCCAUUUAAAAUCUCUUAAGGCCUGUUGCAAUUGCAUAAAUGCAUAUCUACUGAAUUUUUAAUGUGACGAGAUAAACCAAGCUCAUCAGUAAGGGUAGCUUUUUCCAUGUUAGAUGAUUAAAAUUAGGACACACCCUCUGGAUCAGUCUGGUAUGGUGUAAAUGAUCAUGCCUAUAAUAUGUAGAUUCACAGUUCCUUGUUGCUUUGAAGGUAGUCAUCAGAAUGACCUUUCUGUUUAUUCAAGUGUGUAACUUAAGAGAGCUGGAGGAUUGUAAAGAAACCAAACCAAGCUGUUUUGAUGAUUGCUCAACAUGAAUGUUUUCGUGUAGUCCUUGUAUCGGAAUUGUGCCAAAAACCCUUCAUGAACUGCACUGUACAAGGUCUGCUGGAGAAGCAUGUGACUAUAUCCGUUUCUACAGAAGGAGCACAGACUAGGACUCUGUCACUUAUCCCAGUCAAUGCUAAUUGUUGGAUAGCCUUGCUUGAUGAGUUGAACGUCCAGCAGUGGUCCCCGAUGGAAGUGAUACUGCAGAGACUUUGAGAAAGGGACUUCAGCUACGUGGAAGUAGUCCUGGCUUGUGUCAUCUCAUCUAAAAGAUAAAGAUGGGCUCUCAAGCACUACAGAUAUUGCGUCAGGGGGUGUGGGCCUCCCUUACCGGAGGCUGGUACGUUGACCCACAUCAGAGCACCUUCUCCAACUGUUUCCACCUCUACCUCUGGAUAUUCCUUUUGGCCUUCCCCUUUCUCCUGUACAUGGCACUGCCUUCCAGCAUAGUGGUAGCAGGGGCUUACUGUGCUGUGGUGGCUGUCUUCUUCACUGCUAUUAAGGUGGUGAACUUCCGCCUGCAUGCCAUGUUUGACUUGGGCGAGAUCGUGGAGAAGAGACAGGCCUCACUCACCACAGACCCCCAGAGAGUGGAGGAGGGAGACGAGGGAUCCGGAGCUCAUGAUGGCAGCCAACACAGGGACAGUGGGGGUGGUGUAGAGAUGACUGUGUUCAGAAAGGUAAAUUCAACUCCUCCAGUGCGCUGCAGCUCCCAGCACUCCCUGUUUGGACUGAACCAAGUGUCGGAAUUUUUGCCACAUCUUGAAGACCAAGGAGGCUCUAAGGAUAUCAAAGAGCUGAUGCGAGAGCAGGGCAGUGAAAAUGUGACCUCUACACCCAGAGAGGUCCUUCGCUACAACUCUCAGGAUACAAUCAGAACGAACGGUGUGGUUCAGUCCUGCCUGGCUGCAGCCCUGGCUGGGGAUUUCCCUGCACUCAUGGGAGUGGGUGGAGCCUUUGGGAGCCUUCAGCCAACAGACUGUCCCUCGAUUCCCCCCUCCCCUUCCAGUCAGGAAGACGGAGAAGAGAAAGAGCCGAUGGUGGUGGGCAGAAGAGUGGAUGGAGCAGCAGAGCAGAAGCCUCAGCGAAUCCCUGAGGAUCGCCACCUGGGGGGCUACUCCCCUCUCGGCCCUUCAGGUGAGUCAGAAAGCCUGGGUGAUGCUCCUCUCAGCCCUCUUAUCAAGAGCAGCUUGAGUGAAGAACUGAGUGAGAACCUACUGGGCUUGGGCCUCGACCCAGUCACCUUUGCCCCUGGUGCGGAACGUCCAGGUAGUCGCGGCGGGGCAGCGCUGGCCGCUGGUUCCACAGACAGCUGCUUUAGCGGUGGUGGCGUGGCCACCGACCGGGAAACUCUCAGCACGGUCAGCAGCUACCGCAGUGAAAAGACAGACUCUACCCAGCUGGAGAGCCCUUCACUGAGCCAGCCAAAAAAUCCAGCCCUUGCCCCUCCCUCUGUGGCGCCGGCUCAGGGUCAGGGCACCCGCCAGCAGCAGGAGGACACCACCUUCCUGGGAGGCAGUGACACAGACGAUCUUUCAGACAGCGAGCUGCUACGUUCGCCCUCCAAAGAGCUCCCCUCCGGGCAGGGCCUGGACAGAACUCUGGUGGAGGGGGAAGACAUGCCUCCUUUGUCUGCGGAUGUUGCGCAGCUGCCCCUCUCGUCCCUUCAAGACUCAUCCCCCUCCAGCAGUGGCCCCUCAGAGGCUUGUGACUUGGACAGGGGCAUCCCCAUUCCUCCACUCCCUCCUCCACGGCAGGCCAGCUCCGUGCCCUCAGGAUUGGCACUGGGGCUGGUGUGCUCAGAGCCGGCCCUGCCUGUCACAUCGCCGGCCUACCUGCUGACUGAGCCCCCCUCCCUGCAGGCUCAACAGCAACAGGUGGUGCGACCCAAAGACUUGAAGCUCCUGCGUGCUGGGGGCAGCGUGGGCCACCGGCCUGGCCGAAGGAAAGCGCCCCGCAAACGUGGCACUGCCGGCAGCAGCAGCUUUGACUGCGGCUCCUACCGUAGACGUCACGGUCACAGUCGUGGCCAACGCAGAGACUACAUCCCUGUGCGCAGCCGCUUGGGCGCCAAAGCAUACAGCGAAAGCUUGUUUGAGGACUCCAGUGAUGAGGACGAUGGCAGUGACAUGAGUGCGGGGUCCAGUCUGGGCUCCCAGCGCCAUUUCAGCUCGGAUGAUGAAGACGACGACGACGAAGACGACUCGAGCUCAUCCACUUCCUGCUACUCUCCUGACCUGGCCAAUGCCGGCAUUGCCUCCCCACCUGUCCCCCCACCCCCUCAGCUUCCCAGUCCUAGUGAGGUGGACUCGGUAGGUCCCUCUCACUCUCGGAGUGCCCAGCGCUCGGCCAGCACCGCCAGCGCAAAGACUCACGCCAGGGUGCUCAGCAUGGAUGGGGCUGGUGGUGGGCAUACCAGCACAGGCACUCUGGCUUCCACUCUCCUUCCUUUACCGGCAUCUUCCACUCCAGCCCCACGGCCUCUCACCAUCUCAAAGUCUGAUUUAGAAGCUCGCACAGGGCACUCUGAGCCCUUCCCGAGGGCUCACCACAGGCUCGACUCUCUGGGGGGCUCAUGGGCAGGGAACCAGACUGGCUGGAGAGCAGGAGAGCUACUGGAGGAAGGGGCUGUGGGAGGAGCCCUGGCCUCUGAGGAAGGUAGUAAGCGAGACUCGGUGAGUUGUGUGAAGAGGACCCAGGCCAUCCGCAGGAGACACAAUGCGGGUAGCAACCCCACCCCACCCCCGUCCGCAAUGGGUUCCCCACCCAGCCUCCAGGACCUUCAGAGGGCCCGUGCCUCCUCCCACUCGCGUGCACGGGCCCUCCCCACUGCCCUGCAGUUUGCUUCCUCACUGCUGCUUCCGCGCAGUGGUGUACACGAGGCAUCUACCUUUGAUGACACCUCAGAGGGAGCAGUGCACUACUUUUAUGACGAGAGUGGUAUAAAAAGAUCUUAUACUUUCGGACCUGCGGGAGGAGGCUAUGAGGACCCAGUGCAGGAGCGAGAAAGACAGUCGCAGUCCUCUAGCUUUACCUCCACCGAUGUGCAGGAUGUGGCUCCAGUGCUGUCCAUGUUGCAGCCCAGACCUGUGGUUCUUCAGGGCAUGCAGGUGCGCCGGGUACCCCUUGAGAUGCCUGAGUUUGAUCUGGAUCACGAGUCCCUGCAUGAAUCUCAGGAGAACACACUGAUGAUAGAGGAGAAGGCCAAGCCAAAACAGUACUACAGAUUCUGGGUUUUGCCAGGGAAGUGGCUCAGAGUGCGCUACGACCGACUGGCCCUGCUGGCCCUACUAGACAGGAAUCGCAGGGUAGGGGAGAACGUGUUUGCAGUGGUAUUGGCCAGCCUGGUGGCCUUCCUCGGCUUCCUGCUACUGCUGCAGGGCUUUUUCAGGGACAUCUGGGUCUUCCAGUUCUGCCUAGUCAUCGCCAGCUGCCAGUACUCCUUACUUAAAAGUGUGCAGCCUGAUGCAGCUUCUCCAAUGCAUGGCCAUAACUGGAUCAUUGUGUACAGCAGGCCAGUGUACUUCUGCUUGUGCUGUGUGCUGAUCUGGGUCUUUAACCUGGCUGGCGACUCCAAGAGCUUGCAGCCCGUCUCCCUAUAUGGAGUCACUUUCUUCUCUGCUCACUUCUUGCUCUGUGCUAGAGACAUGCUUAUAGUUUUCAUCCUUUGUUUCCCGGUCAUCUUCCUCUUUGGGCUUCUACCUCAGGUCAAUACCUUCCUCAUGUGUCUGCUCGAGCAGGUGGAUAUGCAUGUUUUUGGUGGAACUGCCACCACAAGCCCCCUGUCCUCCUGCUACAGCCUGUUACGCAGUGUGUUGGUGGCUGCUCUGGUUUACGGAUUUUGCCUGGGUGCCAUCAGUGCUCCGUGGGGAGACGCUCAUGUGCCAGUACUCUUCUCUGUAUUCUGCGGCCUACUCCUUGCCUUGUCCUACCACUUAAGCAGGCAAAGCAGUGAUCCCACCAUUUUGUGGUCAUUAGUACGCUCCAAAUUCUUCCCAGAGCUGGAAAGCCGAACCCCUGAAGAGCCCCCACUGGAAAUCAAAGACCCUCUGCCAGAGAAACUGCGCAACUCUGUGAAGGAGAUUUUACACUCAGACCUGGUCAUGUGUCCUCUCAUGGCCAUUAUUACCUUUGCCAUCAGUGCCAGUACUGUCUUCAUUGCUCUGCAGCCUGCACUUAGUUUUGUCCUGUAUAUUCUGGCCGGCGUAGUGGGCUUCCUCACUCAUUACCUACUGCCUCAACUCCGCAAGCAGCUGCCCUGGUUUUGCUUGGCCCACCCUGUGCUACGCUCCCACGAGUAUAGCCAGUUUGAGGUCCGGGAUGCAGCUCAGCUGAUGUGGUUUGAGAAGCUGUAUGCCUGGCUCCAGUGCGUGGAGAAGUACUUCAUUUACCCUGCCGUGGUGCUCAACUCCCUGACCACAGAGGCCCAUAGUGUCAGCCAGAACCCUGACAAGCCUGGCACAUAUGGCCGAGCUCUGUUCAUCUCAGUGGCUGGAAUGAAGCUGCUGCGCUCAUCCUUUUGUGUACCCUCCCAGCAGUACGUCACCCUCUGCUUCACAGUCCUGUUCUUCCAGUUCGAUUAUCCACGCUUCUCCGAAACCUUUCUGCUCGACUACUACUUCAUGUCCAUCCUCUUCAGCAAGCUGUGGGAUCUGCUGUACAAGCUGCGUUUUGUGUUGACCUACAUCGCCCCAUGGCAGAUUACCUGGGGCUCUGCUUUCCAUGCCUUCGCCCAGCCAUUCGCUGUGCCCCACUCUGCCAUGCUGUUUGUACAGGCAGUCUUCUCUGCCCUGUUCUCCACUCCCCUCAACCCUGUGCUGGGCAGCGCUGUCUUUGUCACUUCGUACACCCGCCCUGUCAAAUUCUGGGAGCGAGACUACAACACCAAAAGGGUGGAUCACUCCAAUACACGUCUGGCUACGCAGCUUGAUCGCAACCCUGGUGCUGAUGACAACAACUUGAACUCCAUCUUUUAUGAGCACCUGACACGCUCACUGCAGCACUCUCUGUGUGGAGACCUGCUGCUGGGCCGCUGGGGUAACUACAGCACGGGGGAUUGCUUUAUCCUGGCCUCUGACUACCUCAACGCCCUUGUGCACAUCAUUGAGAUUGGCAAUGGCCUUGUCACCUUCCAGCUCAGAGGACUGGAAUUCAGGGGUACGUACUGUCAGCAGCGGGAGGUUGAGGCAAUCACUGAGGGUGUGGAGGAAGAUGAAGGCUGUUGCUGUUGUGAGCCUGGUCAUCUGCCCCACAUGCUCUCCUUCAAUGCCGCCUUUGGCCAACGCUGGCUGGCCUGGGAGGUUGCAGCCACUAAGUAUGUCCUUGAAGGUUACAGCAUCAGCGACAACAACGCUGCCUCUAUGUUGCAGGUGUUUGACCUGCGCAAGAUUCUCAUCACCUACUAUGUCAAGAGUAUUAUCUACUAUGUGAGCCGCUCGCCAAAGUUGGAGGAGUGGUUGGCCAACGAGACGGUGCAAGAGGCAUUAAGACCCUGCCUCAGUGCCUCAUAUGUAGACAGUGACCCCACCUUCAACCUGAACAUUGAUGAAGAUUACGACCACAGAGCCUCUGGCAUUACCCCCACCUCCUUCUGUAUGGUUUACUUGGACUGGAUCCAGUACUGCAAUAGCCGCAGACAGACGCCUGUUGAUAGUGAAAGAGACUCCCCUCUGGUUACACUCUGUUUUGGCCUCUGCAUUCUGGGCCGCAGAGCUCUGGGCACAGCUUCCCACAGCAUGUCUGCCAGCCUGGAGCCGUUUCUUUAUGGGCUCCAUGCUCUGUUCAAGGGUGACUUCCGGAUCACCUCCCCCAGGGAUGAGUGGGUGUUUGCAGAUAUGGACCUGCUGAAUCGGGUGGUGGCACCUGGUGUGCGCAUGUCCCUCAAACUGCACCAGGACCACUUCACCUCUCCAGAUGAGUAUGAGGAUCCAGUGGUGCUGUACGACGCUAUCACAGCUAACGAGGAGAAGAUGCUGAUCUCUCAUGAGGGUGAUCCAGUGUGGCGCAGCGCCAUCCUGGCUAAUAUGCCCUCGUUGCUAGCCCUGCGCCAUGUCAUGGAUGAUGGCAGCGACGAGUAUAAGAUCAUCAUGCUAAACAAGCGCUUCCUCAGCUUCCGAGUCAUCAAGGUGAACAGAGAGUGUGUACGUGGACUGUGGGCUGGGCAGCAGCAGGAGCUGGUUUUCCUGCGGAACCGGAACCCAGAGCGGGGCAGCAUCCAGAAUGCCAAGCAGGCACUGCGCAACAUGAUUAAUUCAUCCUGUGACCAGCCCAUCGGAUACCCCAUUUAUGUCUCCCCUCUCACCACCUCAUACGCUGGAGGCCACACCCAGCUCCGCUCUGUGUGGGGAGGCCCCGUUAGCCCCCACAACAUCUACACCUGGUUCAUCAGUAGCUGGGACAGGCUUCAAAAAGGCUGUGGCGCUGGCUGCAACAGCGGAGGGAAUAUCGAAGACUCUGAUUGUGGUGGUGGGUCUACCUCCAUCAGUAACAAUCCUGUAGUUCACCCUCCCCAGAGUUCUGCACCCACCGUGCCUCAAUCACAACUUACCACUGUGCAACCAUCCAUGGGAACUGACAACCCCGUAGGACCAAGCUGGCCUGUUCACUCCCAGCCCCUCCCACUGGCCCUGCUUAGCCAGUCAGAGGGUAGGAUGGAUGCCAGCCUUGUCAACUCUCUCCACCGGACCUCCUCCAUUCAGGGGCUGCUGGGUCAGCACCUGUCCAGCUCACAGCUGUCCUUCAGCAGCUCUGUGGCCCUGCCACCAGCAGAGCGCUUCUGCCCGGGCAGCCUGCAGGACAACCCCAGCCACAGAGCAUCCCAGAGGGGCCUGGGACUGGCUCUCGGCCAGGGCAGCGGGCUGCCCUAUGAAGGCCUCUACAGUAAGUGGAGUCUGUCAGGCAGGAAAGGCUUCAAUGGGCCAGCAGCAAUGGAAGGGGAUGGAGGGCUAUCUCAGAGCGUCCGCACUCAGGCUUCCCAGGCUUUCCAGCCUGUCUCACCUGCACCGCUCACUGAAGCCAGCCCAACGCUGGAUACAGUGGGGGUUGCCAUGCCCACAGAGACCACACCCCUUACAUCAGAUUCUCCCGGCGUACGGGAGGAGUCUACGGAGCUGCCUUUACUUGAGCACCUGCGCUGAGCCUGCACCGAGAUGAACUUGCACAACUAGGCAUGGACCAAGUAAAGCUGGAAUGUGGAGCCAGUCUCUCACAAAGCCCUUGGUCACUCUAGCCGUCCUCUUUAAGCCAAUAAAGAGCGUUGAAAGGAGCUCUUCAUGUCACGUCGAGCUGACUUAUUCAAUCCCUUCGUUGAUCUUGUGCUUCAUGCCUUUGAAGUCAUGGAUAUUAUUGGAAGCGUUUUACAGCUGUCUUACUCCUAUAUGGGAGCACACUAGGAAGGAGUGCUGCAUGGAAAACUCGCAUUCAGGUCUCACUCUUGUAAGGCCAGGUUUUGUCAUGAACCUGUGUGGUUCCUUUGAUGGGGCUUCUGGUCACCAUUUUGGCCUCGAGGCUUACCAGCCAAAAAGCCAAGCCAGUGCAAUCCUAAAGACUUUUCUCCAUGUAAUGAUGGGUGUUUGAAGAUUUCUCAAAACCUUAAGAAUCUUUCUCUUCAACUCAUAACCACAGUGACAAAAAGGGAACUUGACGACUUUUGUAGCAAAUGACCGCUGUCUCAAGCCUCGCUCUCUCUCUCUCCCUACUUCUCAUCCACCUGUGCUGUUAGGCACCAGUAGAGUCAUUGGGGUCUUCAGAACUUCAGAUGUGGAUCUUUCCCCUUCCACCCCCUUACUCUCUCCUAAGAGUCAGAUACCCCACUUCAUGUAAUCACCUCUUGCCUGUGUCUGCAGUUUGCUGUUGAAGCAACAAAGGACUUGAGUUUCCCCCCUCUCCCGCCUCUAUCCCAUACAACACACAUUCCAAAAAGCUGUCUGGUCGACAAAGCGCAGCACUUUGAUUUCAGAUGCCCAUUAGGUAGCCAUUAUGUCACGGUCACAGCCAACAGUGCAAACCUGUGGUCACUCUGUCAGCUAGCUUCAGGGAUAAGACACACAUGCACAGUCUGAGACCUGUAACCUCAGACACUUCCCUUGACUUUUUGGUGCUCCUCCCUGCAUAGUUUACAGCCCACUCAGGAGAGGACAGAAGGCCUGGUGUCAGUGGGUAGUAGAACAGGUGGGCCAGAACUGAAGCAUAAGAUGCAAGGAUCACUGAUAGGCUAGUGGUCCUGUUCAGUGAGGGGAGAAUUUUACCAUCAUCAGAAUGAGGGUGUAUGGUUUUCCCCCUACUCACGUCAAUUUUUAUAUCUAGACGGCACAGAUUUUCCAGUGACCAUUUUCUCUUGUCUAAGACAUUGCUCUACCCAGUGGGCUCUGGACUUGCUGUAGUGGGAGGGAUACCGCGCUGGUUCUUUUGCCUCUUAUUAAGGCCGUUGCUUUCCUACUGCUGUGAGCAAGCACCUGCAGUACAGCUUCCCCUACUGCGAUACUACUGCUACUGCAUCAUCCUCUUUACUACUAAUAGAACUAACCAAACUACUGCUCCUUUUGACUUUUAAUCUCCAGCGUUUUAGUUGGAAGAACUGAAAAAACACAAAUAAAGAUAUACCAAUUUAAACAAAGAUACAUAUUUAUUGGAUUGCUGAUCUUGUUUGGAGGUGAAGGGAGUGGGUGUUUUUGUCGUUGCGACUGGUUGUGACAUGCUGAUACUAACUGGAAAGGUGACGCUACUCUGAUUGAACUGUAACCUCUGCCCUGCCCUCUUAGAGACCUUUUGAGACAUCCUCUUUCACGAUAUCUAGUUUGCAUUUUAAUUUAACUGGAAUUGGGCCCAUGACUGUCUUUUGUCAUUUUGUUUUAUCUUGUAUUGAUCCAUCCCCACCAGAAUAGGCGAAUGAAGCACUGGCUGACUGCUGAUGAAAGUACAGGUCUUAGCUGUUGUGGAAAGAAUAGAGAUGAAGAACCUUGAGCACAACACCCUCUGGCUAGAAAUGUGGAAAGGUGUCAUGCUGACUAUAACAGAGCUUCAGAAUUUCACAAAGAAAAUGUUUUAGUUUGGAUAUAUUCUCUGCUCUGUUUGUUUUGUUGUGCAUGACCAGCCAAGGCUGUACUUUUCAGCUCUGAACUGGUCUCAACAGUAAACAGUGCCCUGAUGGCCAUUACAUAGUGAGUUCAGGCUUUGGAAGUGGUGCCUUACAGGUGAAAGGAUAUGAGAGAGCAAAGAAAUACAAGAGAAUAUAUGGAACACUGUUAUGUGGUGAACUGUUUUCACAGGAGGGGACUGAUGGAUUGCUAGUUAAGCAUCAGUCAGAACGAUGCCCAUUCACAUGGUGGUUUAGAGUCUUUUUAUUUUUGCUAAUUCUGUCCUGGAUUUAGUCUCAUUACUUAAUUCCCCUGACUACUCUAUACAACUAGGGCUUCACAUCUAAGACUUACACAAACGAAAAUAGAGGAAAGUCUCCCAAGGGAUGAGGGAUGAUAUUCAGGUCAGAUAGAAUAGCUCACAUUCACAAUGUUGUAAGCUGUUUUGGUGUAUAUUUAUAAAGAAAAAACUUUGUUGAUCAUCUCAGCAACUAAUUGGUGAAUCUGUGUAUAAGAUUCUUAGCAUUUAAGAGAUUACUUGUAUUGCAAUGCUAAUUUAUGUGGAAUCUCAAAAAGCCCAUUUCCAUGUACUGUAACCACAUUCAAUACAACCCUUUAAAAUUCUGGACAGAACUGUUGAGUUUAAAUUUGAGCGCUGUUUGUUGAGAUGCCCUCGAAUAUUGUUAUAGAAUGACUCUUCAGUUUAUCACAGCAACGUUUUUACAAUUCUCAUUGUUAGAUUUGAACAAUUUCACAAUAGUUUUACAAUCCAGCUGUAGAACUGUUUCUUUCCAAGCAUGAAAAGUACACAGAUGUAACGUUCUGUUCUUGGUGGGAAGUUUUGUGACCAGAUUAAUCCCCCUCCCCCCACCCCAGUGUGUCUGCCACUUUCUGUGUUUGUGGUGAUGGUGUCAGUGGCACUGCUUGCAUUGUCUAGCCCUCCUCAGGUCUUAAAUAUGCUCUCUUUUUGGAGAGAUCAGUGUUUUCUCUGUUUCACACAUGCUAAGCAAUGGUCAGCCAAUGACCCCUUUUCUAUUGACUGUAAUUCCUGCUGCCUGACUGUGUCAGAGCUGGGCAGAGGCCUAAAAAUGUUUCUCUCUCUCUCCAUCAGGACCAUUUCUGUUUCCUCUGUCUCAUCUUCUGAGUAAUUUUUCCAAAGCUACAGGGAGUUCUUUUUCUUAUUUGGAGGAAGGCAAGCACAAGUUACUGGACAGUCUUGGGUGUCAAUAAUAAAAGGGAUUGAAUGAAUCUCUGCCAUUUAUGUACAGCAUGUUUUGUAUAUAAAUAUAUAUUUAAAAAUAUAAAUAUAUAAAUCUAUUUUAUUAUUAUUGGAUUUCUGGUUAUUUUUCAAAGAAAGACACUACUUUGAGUCUUAGGGGAGCCAUGUUCCUGUAUUUCCCCUUUACGGAGAGGCUUGACACCAAGAGUGUGGAAGAGUGCUCUCUGACUUUUGAAUCAAUCCAUUUUGGGAAGGAAAUCGAUUAAUACUGCUUUUGCACAACUAUUGUAAAAUAGUACAGCAUCCCACUUUUUUAAUCAUCUUUUAGUUAUAAUGGGGGAUUGUUUUAUUUAAAAGCUGUUAUUCAGUAUUCAAAGUUAUGUACAGUUUUUUAUGUGAUUUUUUUUUUCUUCUAUUUAAAUUAAAGCUUUUUUUGGUCAUCGUU